ACAGUGUUUUCAUACACCGCUAAGUGAAUUAAUCAUCAGUUUAAUUUUAUCAAUUAAAUUAUGCACAAGUCAAAAAAUGAAAUCGAUUACUGAGAUUCAAGUCCAUCAUUCACACCCCUAUUUCAGAGCUUUGGUAGUAUCUGCCUGAUGAACAGAGCUUCAGCCAUUCCCAUGGAGAUCUUUUACGGUAGCCACAGGCAGACGUUCUGUGGGUAUUGUGAUUACGGUGGGACUCAGGUAUGACCCUUUGGCAUGAGGGUGUGGGUUUCAAAGGGAGUAAAAUGUAGAGGAAUGGGGUACGAAUCCACACCUGCACUUGACUGAAUGAAUAGACCUGAAAAGGAGGGGCUGUUUGGGUCAGACCUGUUUAUUUGUAGUGCACCUCUAUGGCAGAUGUUAUCUGUUUUCAGCAGAACAUUUACCUUCACACAACGGUGGUCUGCCAAACCAGACUUCAUCCAACCACUCCUUAAAUAAUCUAACUCAAAAUGGAGAGGUGGAGUCUCCAAAGUGAGUUUGAUACAGGCGUGUCAGUGAAAAUGAAGUGUUUCGUAACUUUUAUUUAUUUCUGUCACUUUGAGCUGGAUCUAGUCCACUCUUGCAGGAUUUUACGGGAUGAACUUGUAUUUUGAGGGUGAUGCUAAAUCCAGACUCAUAUUCUGAGAUCCAAGAAACCACAAAUUCUUCUCCGUGGUCUGCUUCCCAGAACAGAAACAGACAUACGAGAUGAUUCUCUUCAGACUGUCUCAGGUAAUUCCUUGGAAAUCUUCCUGAAAUUGUCUGACUGAAAGACGGGAUUUCCUUAUGGACACCACUGCAGCGCUCCUUUAACUUUGAUGAAGCUGACAGACACUCUUAUAUCACUUCCUCCUGUAGUCUGAGGUGGAAUGUGGGAAAAGAUUAUUGAGAGCUGUUUUGGGAAAUGACUGCCACAAAUAUCCAGGAGGUGAGCUCCGAUCGGAAGCAGCAACUCCAAUCGGAAACCCUCGAGACCAAGAAUAGGCAAAGGAUUUGUGGAGUAAAUAAGGCACAAACACAUGCUGUGGUGUCUGAAUGAAUUCAUCUGCCCAUGUGUCCAUGGGGAAGAGUUGUGCUUCCUGCUUGUGUUUCUCCAGCCCAGCUCUUCCUGAAAGAGUUGGCUGGGAGGAGCUAUGUAAGUGGGAGGAGGAGGAGAAGUAUUUGAGUUGCCGUGUCAGUCGUGCACACACACACACAAACUCUCACACACAUUUGCUGGAGUGCCGACUCUCUGCUGAGCUCUGUUCUUUAAAAGGCUCGACAGCUUGAGAGUUUCAUCCUGCUCUUGGAAAACACUUGUACUGGAAAAGAGUCCAGGAUUGCAAGAAAAAGAGGAGCAGGUUUUUAAGGAGUGUUUUACAAGACAUCUGGAGUUUGAGAGGAAAAGACUGAGCCACCGGUUUUCACCAGAACUGUUCAGCUAACCUUUCAGCUGCAAGGAGCUCACUUCAGGAUCUGUCUGGUCCUGGUGGGUCACUCAGCCGGACUGAUGUGGAAUGCGACACUUUAUGACCCCAUCCCACGGGCCUCUAUUCUAUGAACCAGACUCCGGAGAGAGCAGAUAAUAGAGGCAAGAGGCCGGCACACAAAAAAGAGUGAAGUAACACCAGCAGGAGUGUUCAGACUGGUAAGAAAGUUAAAGGGGCCCUUGAAGGUGGGGAAAAAGAGCUUAAAAUACAAAGGGGAAGGAAUAAAGAAACCUGUGACUACAAAAGUCUUUGUUGGGACUGCAAGACAUUCUUGAACAACAGAAACUUUGACUCUUAGCCUUCAUUUCACCUCUUAAAUUAAUCCCACUGCUACCAGUCAUGCCAGUGGAGACCCUUCGUCCCACAGAUGGCCGUCUUACUGGGGGUCCCUUCACUUCUGCCAUGCCUUUCCGAAUCCUCAACAAAGGCCCGGACUACUUCCGCAGAGCGCCCGAGCCAGGAACACGGAAACUGAGUGCAGUUGAGCGCCUGGAAGCAGACAAGGCUAAGUACGUAAAGAGUCAGCAAGUAGCACUUACUAGACAAGAGCCUGUGAAACCUCCAGUCAUCCGCAAACCGCUGUUAUCACCAAGCAUGAUGAUGCAAUGCAGAAUAAACACUCCACCAGCAAGGAAGAUUACCCGGCGGCUACUUGAGACAGAGAACAGAGGACCGGAUCAUGGCAUGAGCAAAGGACCGCAACUCAACCUUGAAGUACUCAAUAAUCUAAUCAAUGUCUGUGAUGGACCACUUGCAUCUUCACCUACCCCAUCCUCUCCUUCUCCCUCAGCCUCCUCACCCUCUUCCGGAGGUCAGAGUGUUGGUAGUGGACAAUCUACAGAACCUCAGCACUGCAUUAACUUCAAAGCACACCUUGGCUCAACGCCCAACUCCUCUCGCACCUCCUCUCCUCUUAUCAAUCAACCCUCACCUGCAGAGCCCAGCCGAAGGCCGCCUCCAGUCCCAGCCAGAGCUCCACGACUGGUACCACAAGGUAGUUACGGGACCCCCAACUCGGUAACUGUACGACGGGUGGAUGUGCGACCACAGGCAGAGAUCAGGAAACCUCAGAGAUUGCCUCUACAACCUAAACCUAGACAAGCUCAAGUAGCUCAACCACAGAUAGCCCAGCCACAGGCACCUCCCACAUCUUCUGCUCAGCAUCAACCUUCGGGAGCUCACCCUUUAUCUCCCUGCAUACCCUCCAGCCCGCUGCUUCUACGGCCUGGCGUUCUGCCCCCGGCUUCCCCCGCUUUCACCCGCAUUUCCUCAGCUAGCUCUCGAGGGUCACGUCCCGGUUCAACCCGGAAGCACUCUUCCCUUCACCGCUCCAAAUCAGACUUGAGCGACCGCUACUCUCGGGCCACAGCUGACCUGGAGCGCUUCUUCAACUACUGUGGACUGGACCCAGAUGAGGUGGAAGGAAUGGGUGGCAUGGAGCGUUUUGCCCGGGCAAAUUCGGACAUUGUGUCAGUCUCCAAGCUCCACAGCGUCAGUACACCUAGUUCAGAGUGUGGGGAUGGACGGCGAGGAGAAGAGGAGGAUGAUGAUGAUGAUGACGGGCCUAUAAAGCCCAGUGAGCGUGUUCCUUACGGCAUCUCUGUCAUUGAGAGGAAUGCACGUGUCAUAAAGUGGCUCUAUGGUAUCAGACAAGCACGGGAUGUCUCACAAAACAUCUCCAAUGUCUAGAAGCUUCUCUCUGGUUGUCUACUCACCCAGAAGUACCAGACAGUAUAAAUAAGAUAGAGACUUGCUGUAGUAUUUGGUUGAUGUCUGUUACACACCUAAUAUUUAUUAUGUUCUUGUUUGAAGAUGUUUAAAGGUUUGUUUUGUUUGUAUUUGCCUCACUAUAUGGAUAAUGUUCAUGAUGUUUGUUACAUAGAAUUUACAUGGACAUCCUGUUGUUUUUCAAGCGUCUGAUGAUCUUCAAGGAUGACAUACCUCUAGAUGCGGAAUACUACAGACUCUCAGCACUGUGACUUUGAUAAAUUUUGGUUUAAGCAAUAAGACUAAAGCUAAAGUCACUAAAAGAGUGGCUGAAUGGAUGAUGAUGAAGACAGCAGUCGAUCUGCUGUGCUGGUGCUGUUUAGGUACAAAGUCUUUAUUAAACAGCAAUGCUGUGGGACCCGUGGCCUAAGCUAAUGCCUGUAGGAACCAUUGUGUUCAUAGUAUUGGGAAUCAAGCAGGUACUUUCUAGAUUUAGAAAUCUUUGUAUUGGAUGAAGAAUUGAAGAAUGCAUGAAGCCAUUUAGGAUGCUUGUGUUUAUGAGGUCAUCAUUUGGUGUCAGUGGUAGUAAGACCGCAGGGAUGAGUUAAAUAGGCCACACCAAGAACAGAGACAGCCUGCAAAGUCCUAAAGUGCAUGCAUAUAGAAACUAAGACCCAUACAAACCCCUGCUCACUGUGCACACACUUUUUUUUUUUUUGAAGGCGAGACUAUGAUACUGUGAAUAAUUCAGUGCUUCCACAGAGGCGCUGCUCCUCUACAAACAUGGCUGGUAGACUGUUGUUUAAUAUAAGUUUAGAAGUUCAAAAUAUAAGCACGUGAGAGCCUCUUGUCAGCAUGCACACUUUGAUUUACAGCUGUAUUACGUGGCAAAGCACAGUUGCACGAUGUGCACUUCUCAAACAUGCAUUCCAAAACACAUAGACGUACAUUCCAUUCAGCUUAAUGUUUAUGUAUGAUUUGUGUGGGUUUUCUUUGUUUGUGACUGUUCCUUCUGCCUGUUUCUCUGUUUUGGAUAGGUGAUGUUUAAACAGUAGUGUAAGACAGGUAAGGAUUGAUAGCUGACAAAACUGAAAGAUAGUGUGUUUGGCUCAAUACUCUUAGGGGAAUCAAAGCUGUUAAUUCUGUUUACCGCAGAGCUUUCACACUUGUAGUAAGAAAAAAAAAAGCCUUACUAAGAGAGUUGUUAUUUUGAUGGAAGCUGGUUGAAUAUGUGCACAUAGACAAGUCACGAGGCCACACAAAUGUUCACUUUUGGUUGGGAGUUUUUGAGAGAGAGUGUUGCUUAAUUAAAAGAAGCACAAUAAUCAAGAUUAUUAUUUUCCUUGACUGUGCAAUCUAAAUAUAGCCAUAAAUGCAUGAAGAGGUAAACGCAAAACAUUUAUUGAUUGAAAUAUUUUGCGCUGAAAGAAUACAGACAAAGGUACAAAACCUCAAACAGUUCAGUGCAGUAGUUAUUGAAGUAGGAGGGUAACAUGGUGGCUCUGCUUGUUCUCUGAAGUUUACCAUCGACUCGGAAAGAGUCAAAUGCAAAAUCGGUCUUUUGAAGAUGUCAAUAAAGAAAUUAUGUUUUUGAAAACAA